AUGUUCCAAAAUGGUGAUGCCCAUCAGUUUGUGGGCUGCUGCACUAUUAAGAAGGAUUUCAUGCUCCCACCUCCAGAGACACAGAGGAAAGCAGCGCAGAACAGGCACAUUUCUCCUGAACUUGGUAGGCAGGAGGUGGCCAUGAUGGACAGUCGGCAAUGGCAGGGUAAGGCUGACCCUUUUGGUGCAGUAGCUGUCUCCUUGGUGAGUAGACUCUCUGACCAGCAGAAGAUCAGCAAGUCACCCUUCAGCCAGUUCAAAGAGGUAUAUUUGUCCCCUGUACUGCACCCUUUGAACAAGACUUUGGUUACGGGCGACCAGUGGAAGGAUGUUGAUAGCAUCCAGGAAAAGCGCAGGUCCUUCCUAUAUGAGUUCUGCAAGAAAUACAACAGUAUGAAGAAGUUGAGAACUCACCUGGUGCACGUGGUGUCAAGAAUUUACGUGGAGGACAGGCACAAGGUCCUGUACUGCGAGGUGCCAAAAGCAGGCUGCUCCAAUUGGAAAAGGGUCCUCAUGGUGCUCAAUGGACUUGCCACUUCGGUACACAAUAUUUCCCAUGAUGAUGUGCACUAUGGAAAGCACCUAAGGAAACUGGACAGUUAUGACCUAAAAGGAAUAUACACACGUUUGAACACAUACACCAAGACUAUAUUUGUACGUGAUCCUUUGGAAAGACUGGUAUCUGCCUUCAGGGAUAAGUUUGAACAUCCAAAUAGUUAUUACCAUCCAGUGUUUGGGAAGGCAAUAAUUAAGAAGUAUAGACAUAAUGCAAAUGAGGAAGCAUUGGAAACAGGAUCAGGAGUUAAGUUCAAGGAGUUUAUCCAGUAUCUUUUAGAUUCCCAUCGUCCAGUAGGAAUGGACAUUCACUGGGAGCAAGUCAGUAAGCUCUGCUAUCCCUGCCUCAUCAACUAUGAUUUUAUAGGAAAGUUUGAGACUCUGGAAGAAGAUGCCAAUUACUUUUUGCAGCUGGUAGGUGCUCCAGCUGAGCUAAAGUUUCCUAGAUUCAAAGACAGACAUUCCUCUGAUGAGAGAACAAGUGCAGAAGUAGUGAGGCAAUACUUAAAGGAAUUGUCUAAGGAGGAGAGACGGCUGACCUACGACUUCUAUUACUUGGAUUAUUUAAUGUUCAAUUAUACAUCACCAAUUGUAUAGCAUUGGGAUAGCUUCAGGCUUCUAUUAGAUAUUUAUCAUGUUGGGAUUCAGAACAACUACUUUGAUGCUACCCCUGAAAGGAAACAGAGUAGCUGCUAAGUGGAGCUGUGUUGACUUAGUGCAGGUUUUAUAAACUAAAGUGACAUAAAGUUACAAGAAAAAGCACCAAAAAAGAAAGACCCAUAAACAGCAUAAAUUGCAGUGAAAUGCCUGAAAAAGCUGCUUUUACCAUUAUUGUGGAAGAGGUAGCACAGCCAGAUGUUACAUUAGCUUACCUGAAGUUCUUUUAACGGUUAAGAAAAAAUCAUUUGGAGUAGCAUGAUUCCUUUUGGUGUGUCUGCUUCAUAAAUUGGUUUUGAAACUAUUUUUUUGAAUGUAUUUUUUACUUUCUG